GCGCAUGCGCGCACUUGGAGCAGAAUGUUGAGCGAAACGGAGUAGAGGAGACGCACGGACAGCAACGGAUAUUUACAGCCUGUGCUUCCCCCCCCCCUUUAGCUUAGUCCGAACGCGUGUUAAAAUCAGAGUGCAAUAGGUUUAACGAUGACGGAGCCCCAGUCCGCGCUGUUGCUCAGGAGACAGCUGGCAGAAUUAAAUAAAAAUCCAGUUGAAGGCUUCUCUGCAGGGCUGAUAGAUGAUAAUGACCUCUACAGAUGGGAAGUGCUAAUCAUUGGUCCUCCUGAUACACUUUAUGAAGGCGGAGUGUUUAAAGCCCAUCUCACAUUUCCCAAAGACUAUCCUCUCAGGCCUCCCAAAAUGAAAUUUAUUACAGAAAUAUGGCACCCAAAUGUUGACAAGAGCGGCGAUGUUUGUAUUUCUAUAUUGCACGAGCCAGGGGAGGACAAAUACGGCUACGAAAAGCCAGAGGAACGUUGGCUUCCCAUUCACACGGUGGAAACCAUCAUGAUUAGCGUCAUCUCUAUGCUAGCUGAUCCUAAUGGAGAGUCUCCUGCUAAUGUGGACGCAGCAAAAGAGUGGAGGGAGGACCGACAUGGUGAAUUCAAGAGGAAAGUUGCCCGUUGUGUACGAAAGAGUCAAGAGACGGCUUUUGACUGAUAUUCAUCCAGCAGCUUGUAGCGUCACAAUUUUCAGGGUAUCCAGUCGAGAAACAACAUGGCACUGUUUUCCUGCACUCUACCACCCUAUUGCCGGAUUCUUCUUGAUUGAGCGUUGGCAGAAACAAGCUGGCAUCAAUACGCUGCAAUAGAACAAUAACGGCUCGUACAGAUAUGGACGGAACGUGCCAAGCAAAUGCCAACAUCCAAAAAAAAGAGAGAGAAAAACCAUAACAUAAGAUGAUUACACAUUUUUACGCAAGUUUAUGAACUGAUACAACAUUCAGGAAAGAAAUUGUAAAGACCUGUAAAUAGCACAGACAUAAAACCGGAUAAUAUAUAAGACUCCUCGUAUCCAUCCAGCGAAACACUUAGUACCAAAUAAAUAGCGCUUUCUGUAGGUAGAAUUUGAGUCCUGUAAAAAAGAAAAAGAGAAAUCCUAAAAACCCAAAACAGUUCAUUUUCCCUUUUCUUCCCCAUAGCAGCUUCUCAUGUAGUGCUCAUCAGUUCUUUUACAGGCCACGUCUAAGGAGAUGCGUAGCAAUGAAAAGGGCCUUUUUCCCUCCUUCUUGCAGAUUUUCAUUGUUUAUGAGCCUCACAUUGACAAAGUAGAAAGAAACAAGCCUGAAAGGUGUGUGCGCGCGCUUUGAUCGGCAUGUGUUACUUGAGGGAGGGUUUGGUGGGAGGGAGGGUAGUUUGCGCUAUUGGUGUUCAUGGUUUGGACACUGACUUGGCGAGAAUUGAAGAGAGAAAUUUAUUGUAUAAUGUAAAGUAUGGAAAAUUAUGAUUUCUGCAACAAUCAGUAAGCAGUUGGAUUGGUUUUAACAUUAGGGGUGGGGUGGGGCUUGGACUGGGGGGGGGGGCAAGUCCUUGAUUUGGCUCUAGAGAAGUACUGCUAAACAGUCCUGCACCUGUGCAUGGUUCUGCAGUGAAUUUUCAACAAAGGGACAGUUGACAAGGAAACCCAUCAGAUGUGAUACCUGCAUGUUUAAGCUCAUAGGUUUUAGUUUUUUUUUUUUUUUUUUUUUUUUUUUUCAAAAGUGCCUCCAAUUGAAAUUGCUUGGCUUGUUGCACCUCCUGCAUUGGAUCCAGAGCUCAAAACGGGGGAUGUUGAGAAAUCUUCCUGUGCUCUUCCAGGCUUGUCUCAAUGUUUUUUGUUUUUCUUUUGUUUUUUUUUCUCUCUUUUUACUUAUUUGUACCAGCAGUAAUGUAUUAUUAAAGAUAAUUUGGUGUAGCAAUAACGGCCCCUUUUCCCACCUGUGUGAGUAGUGUGUUCUGUUUCACGAAUUUGUCAAGUUUCAAUAUUUAGAAAAGGUUAGUAACAGGAAAAAGAGUUAUGCAUAAACAUUUGCCCAUUAUUGAAGGGAAUUCCUUUCCCGAGCAGGGUAUGUGUCUGGCCUUUGAUAGAAUUCGGUAAGCAUGCUUUAACUGCAGGUUUCUCACGAGCAGUUUGUUGAAUUAUGUUUAGAAGGUGUGUGUGUGUGUUUCACCAUCCUGCUACUUCCCACAACCCAUUGCUCUCCGUUUAAUUUUAUUCCUGCUCUACAGACUACUGCAGUUCUCUUGCCUAAUGUACAAAGACAAAAUACUGAUGUAUAUUUUUCAUGUUAUGGAAGUUGUCUCCUCUAGUGAAUUCUUCUAAAAUAUAAUUUUUUUCCAAUA